GAGAUUUACAAGGCGAGCGAAACCAGCGACUCCUGUUGUGGAGGAUGCAUUUCGAACAGCUUGACGAAGAGGGAGGUGGCGAUCGCUGGCGAGCUCUGGCAAAAGCGUGCGUCGAUGUUAAGAACUACUCUCCGAGCGAACAAAUGCGUACGCUCUCCUAGAGCGGGCUCUCCGAGUUCUGCCCCGACGCAGGAAAGGAGGAGACCGACGGCCGACGACGCCGCGCUGUACCAGUUCGAGUUCCCGGAGAUCGUGGGCAACGACACCGUGGACCUGGAAGCGUACCGGGGUCACGUGCUCCUGCUGGUGAACGUUGCCACCUACUGAGCGCUGACCUGGACCUACUGGGAACUGAAUGCACUCCAGUACAGGUUCCGGGACAGAAACUUCACCGUCAUCGGCUUUCCCUGCAACCAGUUUGGAAAGCAAGAGCCUGGCGGAUCGGGCGAUGAAAUCCUCAAUGGCAUCCGCUACGUGAGACCGGGCAACGACUACGUGCCAAACUUCAGGCUUGUCCAGAAGCUGGAUGUGAAUGGAGAAACGGAGCACCCGCUCUUUGGGUUUCUCAAGAGUCGCUGCCCGUCACCAGUGACCCCGUUUCGGUCCAAGGACAGCCUGUUCUACUCGCCCCAGGACAGCGGCGACAUCCGGUGGAACUUCGAGAAGUUCCUCGUCGACCGGGACGGCACACCGCUCCGUCGGUACGAGCCGAACUUCUUGCCGCUCGACAUGGAGGACGACAUCGAUGCCCUGACGAGCGAGGGAGCCCUGCCGCCGAUCGAAGAAAGCGCGACGCUCCAGUAGCGUGUAUACUUACUCGCGGCAAAGUACACACUUAAACAAAAGUACACCCUUUGGGGUGUGUCUAUGCCACACAACGAUAAUCGUCAUCUGCCUUGCUUGCGUUUCCUUUCUUGAAAACGCCGCGCCCGCAAUUUUCCUGUCGGCAAUGCUAUGUCAUGCUGAUAACGCGCAUGCCAUUCGUUACUGGGAAGUACCGGGCUCGCCGCAUUAAAGAUAUGAAAUGCGGACAAGACAGGUGACGAUUAUCGUUGUGUGGCAAAGGGGUGUAAUUUUGCUUAAGAGUGUAUAGCCGGCAAGUGCGUGCUUUGAGUAUCGCUUUUUUUUUUUCUUACGCUGUUUUAGCUCACAUUGCACGCACCGAGAUCACUGCAGCGAACAAGCUUGAUUUCACAUGCUCGACCAACACACAACCCCGAGACGUGGCCAACGCGCAAUCAGCCUGGUUGCAAAACGAGAGAACGAGCGCAGCGUCCUACGUUACGCUGCGGGCACGGCGCUGUGCACACGCGGAAUGUCGUUCCCGCCGAGCGGCUGCAUGCACGUGUGCAACUCGUUAAAGGGUACACACAGAUCUGAGCGAAGCGGAUCGAAGGCGCACAGCUAAAGCGAUCUAUCUUGCGGAAAAAUAACGUUGGGGGGCUACGCCUGCUUUAGCGUUCAGGCCUAUAGAACAGAGAGGACAUUUUACAGUCCUGCGUUAUACAUGCCACAACUUUAGCUAUACCCAGAACAUCGGAUUACGCAUAUCUAUACGCGAGGAGUAGCGGCAGUGCGUUCAACCUAAGGGAGUGGAACCUUUGUUGCAAUGAGCGACUGUUUCAUGCUUAGUACAUCUUCAGGGUAAACGCCAACAUCUAAUAACCAGGAAAUUCUUUUGUAUCUAUAUAUACUAACGGAAAAGUGGCGCAUGUCGCCAUCAACUUCGCAGCUGCAUGCAGCUGCAUGCCGCUGCAGCCUGCGAAAAAAAUGCAAGCCCUCAUCUGUUUAUAUUUCCAGAAGGAAUCAGCGCUAAGCAAAGACGAAGAAGCACGGCCAUUGCCUCUCAUAUAAAUAAAUAUAGGAGGCUAUGGUACAGCGCAUCAAGCGGUACGUUGCGCUGCGUGCACUUAAGCGAAAAACGGUCGCUUCCGGAUCCGCCACAUUUCCUGCAUUUAACCCUAUAUUAGUGCCUCUGCAGCUGUUUAGGACAUGACGCAUCGCAACUCAAUUUCUAGGGAAAUGCCUAUCCGCCGUGCGGUGCAUUUACGGUUACCAUAACCCAAUUUAAACGCUUCGCGUAUACGCAGUCCAUAAAUUAUCCGAAUAUAGCGCCUGUCAUGCGUAGUUGCUCGGCUUCGUGCUUUUCACCUCUUUCGCAUCCUGUUAUUCGCGAUCAACUCUAACCAGACGGAUAGAAAGUUGGGCGCUUUGGUACGGUAACAUAUUCUUGGUUGGUAGUGCGAAGUGACACACACACACACACGUGUGUGUGUUGAUCAUGUUGAUUUCAUAUCACGACCAUGUUGUCACCAUGUUCAUCAUGUUGAUUUCAUAUCACGACCAUGUCAUAUCACGACAUGAUCAUGUUGAUUUCAUAUCACGACAUAGAAUUUGUUAAUUGUCAUAUAACAGCCAAAGAUGGAGGCAUCCAUCAACCUAAAAUAAUAUCGUCUAUAAGGGUUGCUAUUUAUUGAGUACCAAACACCGGAGACGUGUACGCCAGGAUCGAUGGAGAAAUGCGCUCGGAAACGAUGUGGUGUGGCUGGUUCCCGCAAGCUCCUUCUUGGUACCUCACUGCUGUGUCUAUCCUGGUUCGCGUUAACAAACUCAGAAAAAGUUAUCAUCAGCCUAUUUUCAUGUCCACUGCAGAGCGGAGGCCUCUCCCAGCGAUCUCCAGUUUUCUUCGUCUUGAGCCAGCUGACUAUUUUAUGCCUUCAAAUAUUUUAAUAAUCCCCUUCUCCUCCUCCCCCCCCCUACUUUUCUGCAGUGCUCUACUGAGCUUCCCUACUGAUGGCUCCCAUUCUGCAACGCUAAUGAAAUACCGGUUGCCUGCUCUAGGCAUUAUGUUACGUCUUUGUUAACCUCCGAGUCUCUGCUCCAUAUGCUACUACCGGUAGAAUGCAGUGUUUGUACAUUUUCGAUUUCAAAUAUAGCGUCGAGCUGCCGGUCAUGACUUCGUAAUGCCUGCCGUGUGCGCUCCGACCAAAGUUUAUUCUCUAAAUUUCCUUCUCGUGAUUCGUGUACCACAGCUUUGAGUAAUUAGCCUAGAUUAACGUACUCUUGCACAUAUUCUAGAGGCUAACUGCCAAUCACAAAUUUUAUUUAUCUUGCCAGGCUACAGGACGUUUCUGCCUUCUGCCUAUUAAUCUUAAACCCUACACAUAUACACUUUCUCGGCGAAGGUCCUCAAUCAUCUGUUGCAGUUAAUUCCCAAUGUUGCUGAUCAGGAAAAUGUGAUCUGCAAACAGAAUGUUGUUGAGAUAUUUGCCGUUGAUCUUCAUUCCUAAUAAUUCCUAGUCUAAUAGUUUGAAUACUUCUGAACACGCAAUGAAUAGCAUUGGAAAGGUUGUGUCUCCUUGCCUGGCCCCCUCCUUGAUCGGUAGUUUUCCUCUUUCCACCAUGAACGGCAAUCCUCCUAUAAUUCCGUGUUUCAUACUUUUGCUAGUAGCAGCGGUUGUAUCGACAUCUAGUGAUGAUUUGUUCGAAAAAGAACCGUUAGAACGCUUUUGUGUCGUAUGCUGUCCUUGCCGAAGGAAAACAAGAGAGCCACAAUACAGGCACGUUACUGCCGACGCCUUUACACCAGCAGCUAGGUAGCACACAGUCCCUCAUUGCAAUAACAGUUUCUUUCGCACUGGUUUAGCUAUGCAGCGCCACGAGGUGGCGCCACCAACGUUUUCGCUCACGUCUACGUCUUCGGUGGCUCGUAAGUGGUACGACAGCUACACUUACGGUCAUAAGCUCAAUUACCAUUCCGCCUAAAUACUUGAUAGUUCUCGCGCGAGUUCUGCGGAAAACGUGCCAAACUACCGGCAGCGCAAAAGGAGCAUCUUCGUAGAAACGCUUCGAUUACUUACGUGUCGUCAUCACCCUAUGAAGACACGGCACGUUACUGCAAUGUCGAGACAUUCGGCGACCAUAUUGCGCGAAGGCCGAGCACCGCCCACAUAUGACGAGCCGGCCCCAAAGCGACCGCCGGGCCAGCUCUGAAAGGAGCCAUCGUCGCAGCCUUCUUGUGCAUUCGCGGCUGAACCUUGAUGCUGUGGUUACCGGCUGUGUGCUCGGCCUCGAAGCGUGUGUCUGAAACAGUUUCGAUUGAAAAGAAUAAAAAGACACGUGCUGAUAUA